GUAAAGCAGGUGCCGACGAACCUCCGGUGAGACGAUGUCAGUCCCGCACUAUCUUCCCAAGGUUGUUCACAAAGGAUUCAAAGUUCCAACCAGUUUCACCCAAGGAAUCACAAUAUCACAUGUGCACACAUCUCACUGCCGAAGCUAUACUUCGAGAGUAUCCACCUGCGACCUUCACCCCUAUUUCCCCACUUGUCUUCUCGCAUCUUGGCACGUCAUUACUCCUCACGCAGAACCCCCGAUCGUCGAUCAUAUUCCUUUGUAGCCUACACAUGUAAAACCUCCAUCUCUCAUCACUCGUCCUGAACGCUCACACCGACCUCGACCUACCUAUUGCCAUUCAACCAUUGAAGCUCCUACGAGGAUGUCAACGAGGAUGUCAACUUCCGAUCAGAAGGCCCCGUUCCACGUCAUCAAUAACGUAACAGUAAAUAGUUUUGACGGCGACCUUGCCGCAACUCUGGUGAAAUGCUCUACGACAAACAAAUCAUGGCUCCGUCGACAAAUACCUUCAAAGAAGGCGACCAGGGAGAUGGAACUCUUACGGCGCCUGCAAUUCUCUCGUUACUUUCCCCAUGUUCGCUCGUCUCCAGGAGUGGAUGCCGAUGCAGACUCACACUACUUGUAUACUGAAUACGGCAACCAUGGGACUCUCGAACAUCUUAUCAUGAGGUUUCAGGAUCAUGGCUACAUGCCCGAGGACCUUGUCUGGGUUAUUUUCGGCAGUCUGGCAAUGGCGAUUAAAGACCUUCACACCGGACCUACUGCAGACGAUGAGGAGGAGUGGGAGCUCCUUAACAAUCUGACCAACCUGAGUAUUGAAGAUUCGGGAUGGGAGCUCGUUCAAAGCGACCACAAGAGCGACCACAAAACGUGGGACCCAAUCGUUUACUGCGGACUCCAGGAAAGACACGUCUAUUUCUGUAGACCCGGAAGCGCAGAUGGAUAUUACCCUCGAAUUCUGCUUCCAUACCUAGGUUGCGCACGCACUGCAUCGGAGUUGACAGUGGAGCAAGAGAAAAGUUCUCAGAAGUCCCUAGACUGUCCUCCGAACGAUUUACCAGGGUUGAAGACGGACAUCUACAAUCUGGGCUUCAUAUUGAUGCGCAUGUGCAAGUUCUACCGACGAGAGGCGGCGCGAGUCUAUUCUCCCCAACUUCGAGAUAUUUGUAUCGCUUGUCUUUGGCCAGAACCUACUCAGCGUCCUGAUGCGCCUGAGCUUGUUCAGAGGAUUCAAGAUGCGAGAAGCGAGCUAGCAGGCAAGCUGCAAAGAGGGCCAUGGGAAACUAUAUGGGAUAUUCCGUCAAACACCGGAUCCGUGCCGAGACAUCCCAACGCUCCUGAACUGAAGUAUGGUGCGGUCCUCGAAAACAUUCUGGGCAUAUGAUGUCAAUACAGACGAUAUUGCCGAUUCUCAAUAUGAACGUAUCUGGAAUGUUACGAGACGAUUUCGCGAGCAUUCACUUCACCGAUUAGAUAGAUCUCGUACCCGGGGGCUCGAUAUUCCCACUAUCUUUAUGCGCGGCUGCAAGAGGGCGAGAUGGAGCCGAGCUCAUUUUGCUUCUCAAGAGCUGAUUGUGAGGCGGUGUUCUCUACAACAUGGCAUCUUUGGGUGCAGAUCUCUAUGGUACAGCUAUAGUUUGUCUACGGCUGUAGGGUACCAUUAGGAGUUUCAGCCAUAAGCCCCCGAGACACCGGAAAUAUUUCCAAUAGCAGCCAUAUCUCUUUCAACCACGCUGUCACUUGAUUGUGUGCAAAUCUGAAG